AGGGGCUUCCAGCUGUGAGAAGCAAUCACGUAUUAGGAGGUUAUGGAGGGGCAGUAGCAGUGCCAAAAGUGGCUUGGGACGCCAGCCCUUAAUUUCAGUCAACCCCCUCCAACUCCCACCCCGCACAAAAACACAAUAGAAGUAAAAGCAGGCAGUUUGUUAGAAGACACGUCUUCAGAACACCCUUCAAGUAACUUAACCUUAGCCCUCCUCCCCAGAUUGUCGCCCUAUUUGGAACCGACACUAAUUUGAGAAUGUAAAGAUGCAGAAUAAUCCUAAUUCUUUUUAAGUGAGCACAUUUUUUUGAAGAAAUAAGCGUUCGCCUCUCUUCCACCCGACCCCUUAGAUAGUGCAGGUGUCAAGGUCCUGAGUAGAUGACUAACCAAGUCAUAGGAAAGGGAUGCACGCCAGGAGGUAGGGGAGGUUCUGGAAGGGUACUCUGUCGCUGACUCCUGUGUGCCUGUCACUGGCACCUUAGAUGAAAACUAGGCCUGGCUUUGCAGGUAUCAGUCUGAGCAAGAAAAUGUUGGGUAAAAUCUUAGGUAUCUGAUUACGGCAAAUGUUCUUCUAGUAGCACCUGUCUAGGCCCCUAGAAACGCACACACCUGGAAAAGACGUAAAAUCUGCCCUGGACUCUCGGUUCCCAGGGCCUUGCCCCUCUGUCCCCCCAAGCCACGCCCCUCAGGGCUGCGCAAACUCAGUUACUACCUCCUAGGCCUUUUUCCCCUGCUGCGGCUGUCAAAAUCCGGACUCCAGACUUCCUUAAGGGCUGGGACAGAGGCUCUGCGCAUGCCCAACAUCAGCCAGGGGGCGAUAACACACGUGCUUACGGCCCGCCGUGGCGCCUGCGCGGUAGGAGCCUUGUGUCUGUACCCUUAGGACGCUCCUCGAACGUUUAUUCCCGCUGUCUGCGCGAGCCCUGUUCGAGCUCAGUAUCCUGUGCACACGCCUUGCAAGCGGCGGCGCCAUGAGUCUGACUUCCAAUUCCAGCGUACGAGUUGAAUGGAUCGCAGCAGUUACCAUUGCUGCUGGGACAGCUGCUAUGGGUUAUCUGGCUUACAAGAGAUUUUAUGUUAAAGAUCAUCGCCACAAAUCUAUGGUAAACCUUCACAUCCAGAAGGACAACCCCAAGGUGGUACACGCUUUCGACAUGGAGGAUUUGGGAGAUAAAGCUGUGUACUGCCGUUGCUGGAGAUCCAAAAAGUUCCCACUCUGUGAUGGGUCUCACACAAAACACAAUGAAGAGACUGGAGACAACGUGGGACCUCUGAUCAUCAAGAAAAAAGAAACUUAAAUGGACAGUAUUGAUGCCGCAAACCAACUUGUCAUGGUGUUACCUGAUUAUUUAAUUAGAAUGACUACCACUGCUGUCUGUUCGCACCCCCUGGGUUCUAGAUGUGGUAUAACGCAAAUCACAGCUUUCGCAUUCGUGGCAUUUGCCUUACUUGUGGAAAUAUCAUGGUGCACAUUUGUUCAAUCAAAAAAAAAGGAAAAAGUAAAAACCAACCUCAUGGCCUGUGGGUUAUUUUGGUCUUGUGAGAAUAUGUCUCUUUAAAUUCAAAAUAAUGAUAUUAGAAUGUAGUUGUAUGUUGAAGUUAACAUAUUAAAUUGCCCUCAAAAUCAUGUAUAUGCAGACUGUACUUGUAAGUUUCAAAGAAAAAUUAUCACUUUUUCGUAUUACUUAGUUACCAGAGAAAGUAAAUUAGAUGUGGUUAAACUAUAUUAAUUUCUUAAUGUGGUUGUGUGUCAUCCUGUCAAUUCUGACUCAUAGUGACCACAUAUGACAAAUAGAACUGAUAGGGUUUCCUAGGCUGUAAUCUUCACAGGACAUAUCUUUUAAAUGAUCCAUUGAAGAUGCCAAUGGUGGAGAUUUAGAUCAAUGUAGUAGUGGAUUUAAAGUGGUCAUAAGGGAUGUCUUAAAAUGUAAUGUUCUGGGAUUCUUGCCCGAGGAGCAGCAAGCAUUUCAACUGGGGACAUGGAAGAAAUUGGAGAGGACACAAAGUCAGGUCUCUUGAAUGCAAAGCCACAUUUUCAUGCCUGAAAUAGUAGUCACAAGGCUAAAUCAAAGAUGUGGGGACUAUUUUUUUUUUAAACCCACUGUCUAAUCCAGCACGUGGCUGAUACUAUUUUGGAGAGAAAAAUAAGAAUUGCAUCCUCUUUUAAAUUGUAUGAUUUUUUUCUUAAAAACAAAGAUUUGAAGACGAGUGUUUAUGUAAUAUUCUUCUUCAGACUUAAACCAGAAAUAUUGCAUUCAUAAAUUAUUCAGAAAAUAUGAAAGCUGAAGAUAAUUAGGAAUAAAAGAAUUAAGAAAGCCUUAGUUAAUAUUUUUAAAGAGAUUAGGUUUUGGAUUUUAUAGGUUAGAAGGAAAAAAAAUCGUGAUAAAGUUCAUAUAUAGUUUAUUUCAGGUAAAACAACUUGAAGUUGGGGAAAGUGCUCAAAAUAGGUAAAACCAAACCAAUGGACAUCUGUUCAAUUCCGGCCACCGCAGCCCCAGGUUUAUCAGUGGAAUCGUGCUCUGCAGGGUUUUCAGUGGCUGAUUUUUUGGAAAGUAGAUCACCAGACCUUUCUUCCCAGGUGCCUUUGGGUAGACUUCAACCUCCAACCUUUAGGCUAGCAGCCGAGCGUGUUAACCAUGUUAACCACUUGCACUCCCAGGGGUUUCUCAAACAGGUACACAUUCCCAUUAUUUCUUUUCGUAUAAUUGAAUUCUCAGUAGUAGUCAGUCACAAGUUUCCAUUUGCUAAAAUCCAGUUACUUUGGAACUCCCAAGAAUCAAUGAAACUAGACAUCAACAUUUCUGUUAUAUAUAAUCACAUUUAAAAUACACAGUUUGGUGUAUUAGUUUUAUUGUAUAGAUAAAGUCAAUGCCAGAAUUGUGUAGCUUUAAGUAGCCUUUGUGAUUUAUAUUUGGACAUGUCUUUAAAGCACAAAAUCUAAAAUCCUACAGAUCCUGAUUGUGUUUGAUUCUUGGGCUGAAUUCCCCUUGCCCCCCCCCCCACCCCCACCCUUUUUUUUAAUAUUGUGUUUUUAGUGUAAGUUUACGCAGGAAAUUUGGUUCUCUUUUAACAAUUUCUAUACAUAUUGUUCAUUGACCUUGGUUACAUUAUUCACAAUAUAUCAGUGUUCUCAUUAUUUCCAUUUUGGUUGUUACUCCCCCCACCCCUUUUUUUUAAAACAAGUAUAUGAAUGAGUCAGCAAAAGAGAGCAUCAUACUUCCAAAGGUUAAUUGUUUAAAAAACAAAAAUCCAAAAAAUGUCAAAGUUCAGGGGCAUCUUUAACUUGACAAACUAAACUGUAUUCUUAAUUGUAAAGUUUAAAUUUGUUAGUCUUUUUUAUAGUUAGCAAAAAAAAAAAAAACUAGUAUCAGUUCUCAAAACUUUUUCUAA